AUGUCCGGACGUCAAGGCGGAAAGCUCAAACCCCUCAAGGCGGCCAAGAAGGAAAAGGUCGAGCUCGACGACGACGACAAGGCCUUCAAGGAGCGUCAGAAGAAGGAACAGGCCGAGUUGAAGGCUGCUGCUGCCAACGCCGGCAAGAAGGGACCGUUGGCUGGGGGUGGGAUCAAGAAGUGA